GUCAGAAGGUGGUUGGUUCGAUGCGCUCCAACUCGCGAGAGAACACCAACCACCGUGGUCGCUACCGUCAGCGCUGAUGGUCACACCUGGGCACUAACCAUUAUCUUCAAAGGGCAACGACUUCAGGCCGAUUGUUUUGUAGAGCGGAACGGCCCGGUGGGUGCGAGGUACACCUGUACGCAUUCUUCGUUCAUGCAGGGAGACGUAUUCAUCGCCUACUUGAAGGAUUUCCACGAGCAGCUCGGCGACCGAGGGUUGCUCGACGGAAAACCCCACACAUUCUUGCUCGAUGGACAUGCAUCACACGUGAGCGUGGAGGUAAUCAGGCUGGCCAUGAAUCUCAAAAUCAUCUUGUUCCAGCUGCCCUCCCACACGUCGCACAUCACCCAGCCCUUGGAUGUCGUCGCCUUCGGACGCUUUAAGAAAUCGGCGACCAGAGUUUUGGCGUCCUUCUACCACAACUCCGGCGGGUUGUUGCUGCUGAAACGCGACAUGCCCGGCGCGAUCGCGGAUGCUUGGAAAUUGAGCUUUACACCGGAGAGAAAUAAAUCAUCAUUCGCUGGGGCGGGCUUAUGGCCUGUAAACAAGGAGCGGGCGCUGGGCCGGCUGAAGGGCACAGCGAAGAAGAAAGCGCGGCGAGACGAGCGCCCACCCCUACAAGAUGUCCCCAUCGCCGCCCUCAACGAGCAGCUGGAAAAAGACAUCGCAGAAAGGGCCCUCAGGGUGCUGAGAGGGCAAGGGCACACCGUCACGGGAAUCCGAGUAGGCACGGUGUUACUCGGUGGCCUCUUGACUCAAAGGAAGCGCGCGAAGAAGAUGGCGACCUCGCGGGGCUCGCUUGGCCUUCCCGACGGAGGCAAUAUAACCGCGCCUGAGUUCCUGGACGCUGUUGCCGAAAAAGAAGGCGCAGACAAGGCGGAGAGCGACGCGAAGGCUGCGAGGGCGAAAGUCCGCGAAGAGAAGAGGGCAGAAAAAGCGGCCGCGGAGCUGUUGCGGCAGGCGCGCAUGGCCGACAGAGGAAGAGGACGGGGGCGGGGAGGAGGGAAGGGAGAGGAAAGGGGAGGGCGCGGCGGGCACGUAUGGAUAUUUCUCACGUGUCCUGACAGGUUCCCUUAG